CAGCAUUGUAGACGGCAAAAGUGUUUGGUCAUUUUCAUCACCGUUUAUUCGAUUAUUAUUAAUUCAUUUUCUCUGGAUUUACAAAUUUCAACUUAGAUGUUUUUAACACGCGCUGAAUACGAUCGUGGUGUAAACACCUUUUCACCAGAGGGACGCCUAUUCCAAGUGGAAUAUGCUAUUGAAGCCAUUAAAUUAGGAUCUACUGCCAUUGGUAUCUGCACCAGCAGUGGUGUGGUACUCGCUGCAGAGAAACGAAGCACAUCUGAAUUAAUGGUGUCUAGUAGCGUGGAGAAAAUUGUUCAAGUAGACCGACACAUUGGAUGUGUUACAUCCGGGCUUACAGCUGACGCGCGUACAUUAAUUGAUCGUGCGCGUGUUGAAUGCCAAAAUUAUUGGUUUAUCUACAAUGAACCUAUGCCAAUUGAGUCCUGCGCGCAAGCAGUAUCUGCAAUGGCUAUACAGUUUGGGGAUAGUAGUGAUGGCGGAUCGGCAAUGAGUCGACCAUUUGGUGUUGCGAUGUUAUUUGCUGGAAUUAAUGAAGGUGUGCCGCAGCUUUGGCAUAUGGAUCCUUCGGGGACAUACGUGCGUUAUGGUGCCAAAGCCAUAGGUUCUGGUAGUGAGGGGGCUCAACAAACAUUGAAAGAUGAAUAUCACAAAGAUAUGAGCUUGCAAGAGGCGACGAAGCUGGCCAUGUCUAUACUCAAGCAAGUAAUGGAAGAAAAGCUGGAAUCAAAGAAUGUUGAAGUAUUGGUAAUGAAGCCAAACGAAGAUUUCCGUAUGUUCUCUAAAGAGGAAGUAGAGCGUGAGAUAAACGCACUGUAGGGUAGUAGGUUGGGAAGCCACAGUUUAUGGAUACAGAUUAAAUUUGUUUUGCAUAUGGUA